AUGAUCCCGGCGCCAACGUCGAAAAUCGUGGGCGAAAGCAACGCUCCAAUCAAACCAAACCACUCUUCCCGCCAGGCAUGGUAUGAUUUUGUCUCCAUGCGGCCCUCACUAAGUCUCUUGGCUGCUGUUUCCCGCAGCCAGCCCUCCAGGCUGAAAAAACCAGCCAUCAGUCUAGACCAUUUCAUUCAGAGACAACGUGUCCUGGCAUUGUGGCGCGAAAUCGUCCGAGCUUUGAACAGUAAGCUUCUAGCCUCAGUCUCCUCGAGUGUCAUCCAUGGCACCCGCUUACACGAGUAUCUAGAGAUUCCUCCUUCAACAACACGAACUGAGCUUCAUUCAUAUGCUCGACAAGAAUUCGAGCGCCGUCGUGAUGUAAAAGAUUUGGUAGGCUGCUUUUCUCUUUCCUCGUCAACAUAUACGAUACUUGCUUUCGGGAAGGCAGAAUUCGAUACCAUGAGGCGGUACAUUGACGAGCAGGUCGCUGGUUGA